AUGUCGUCUCCUCUCGCACACCCUUUCAUUGACUCAUCGGCAGAUGUUGUCUUCAUCUCGUCCGAUAGAAUUGCCUUUAAUCUUCACCGAGUCAUCUUAUCGCUCGCAUCCGACUUCUAUGCAGAGCUAGACGGUCCUUCCGAGCUAGACGGUCCUUCCAAGAUCUCAUUGACGGAACCCAGCCAGGUCCUGGAUACACUCUUCCGACUAUGUUAUCCUCUCGACGAUCCGCCACUGGACACGAUCGAUCACGUAGGUGCCGUGCUGGAGGCAGCGCUGAAUUACGAGCUGCGCAAGGCGAUCCAAAUGACGUCCCGAAGGCUGCGCGAGCUGAUCCCUUCUGCACCUCUUCGAGUCUAUGCGAUUGCAUGCAAGCUUGCCCUCGAGGACGAGGCACGUGCCGCGGCAGUGGUCGUCCGUGAGACGAAGGUUCAGCACGAAUAUGUGGAGGAGCUCGAGGAUAUAUCCAUUGGCGCGUAUCACCGCCUUCUCUACUUUUGCGAGACGGGUCGUGACCCUGGAGGCCUCUUUUUCUCCCACCGUUCCUCCUCACACCGUUCGCACUCCCACCGUUCCUCCACAACGAAGAAGAAGAGGAGGGGCAAGCCUGCUAAACCCGCCCCCGGAGGAGCCGACUCUCUUGCGACAUCCGUCUCUGUUGCCCUACCACCGUCGUCACUAUCGGGCACCACUACCCCUUCUCCGCCUCCAACGCGCUCCCGCGGCGCUUAUCCCUUUGACCGUAUAGAUUGUGAAGUUGAGCUCGAGAUGUCGGAUGGAGUUCGCUUUGGUGUAUCGAAGGAUAUGGUCUCUCUCUGCUCCCCGGUGCUCUACGCUCUCAUUCGUGAUCUUCCCGCCCCUGCUUGCGUACCAAUACCCGAAUCCAGUAAGGUGGCAGAUAUCAUCUUACGCAUAUGCAGUCCGGUCGAAAGCCCUUCGGAGGGUAUUAAAAUCCUCGAUCUUGACUCGGCUCUCGCCGCGGCUACGAAGUAUAAGAUGCCCACGGCCAUCCAUUAUCUCCAGGGGGCACUACUCGCUCGAGCAGAGACAGAUGCGGCCACAUCCCUACUCCUCUACGCCGUCGCCUGCCGCCAUGGCAUGCGCGAUCUCGCUUUGGUCGCCGCGAAGCGUACGUUCCGCAUGGAGAUCACCAGCAAUCUAUAUCCGAAACUCGAAGCCAUCGAUAUCUCCGCAGGUUAUCUCCACCGCCUUCUCGAGUACCGUCGGCGCUGUCGGGACGCCGUACGGGCGAUCCUCAACGUCAAUAAAACCGACUGGAUCGACCGCGGCUGGCAGACAAGUCUCGCGGCAUGCUGUUCGAGAACUCGUAAUGCAUUGCCGUGCUGGUAUGGGAAAUACGUCGAUAAGAUGGUAGGGGAGGGCUGGCCUGGCCCUGCCUAUUGCCACCGUGAAAACGGUGCUAUCCUCCUGUUUCAAUUCGGCCAAUACGUAGCAGAGACUAUGCUGAAACUCGAGGACGAGGUCGCUUUGGAAUGGCUUACCGAAGUAAACGUGGAGAAAGAAUUGUAG